GAAAAACCAAAUUAGUUCCAUUAAAUAAGUCAUGAAGUUUCACAUUUUUUUAACAAUAUAUUUCAAUAUUUUUGCGUCUUGUAACGUCGUAGACACAGGUGACGAUUACGAUUUUAUUAUUAUUGGAGCUGGUUCAGCUGGAAGUGUUAUAGCUAGCCGAUUAUCAGAAAACCUCUAUUGGAAAAUUCUUCUUCUGGAAGCCGGAGAUGAAGGCAAUCUUAUCUCAUCAAUACCAUACGCAGUAUCUCUGCUACCUUUCACCAAAUAUAACUGGGGCCACUUUAUGGAAGUCCAGCCAAACUUGGCUCAAUCUUACAACGACAAUCGCAUGCCUUGGCAUAAAGGACGAGCCUUAGGUGGUACUUCCGUUAUCAAUUACAUGAUAUACACCCGAGGAAAUCGAUUUAAUUACGACCAAUGGGCCGCACAAGGCAACCCAGGAUGGUCCUACAACGACGUUUUACCCUAUUUUAUAAAAUCAGAAAAUUGCAGUGUGAAAAACGUUGAUUAUGAUUUUCACGGUGUGAAUGGUUACCUGGGUAUUUCUGAGCCUUUUCAAACUAAAAUUACCGAUGUUUUCCUCAAAGGGCUGCAUGAGUUAGGGCUACCAUUUAUUGAUUAUAACUCAAACAAAACUUUAGGAGCUUCAACGAUUCAAGCGAAUAUUUUUCAAGGCAGAAGACACUCAAGUGCUGAUGCUUUUCUCAAACCUGUGAAACACAGAUUUAAUCUUUUUAUAAAAAUAAGAGCUUUGGCUCGAAAAGUCCUAAUUGAUGAAAAGACUAAACAAGUGUAUGGUGUUGAAUACGAAAUUUCGGGCAAAGUAUAUAAAGCGAUAGCUAGAAAAGAAGUGAUUCUAUCAGCAGGUGCUAUAAAUUCGCCCCAGUUGCUUAUGCUAUCAGGAAUUGGGCCAAAACAAGAAUUAGAACAAUUGAAAAUUCCGGUUUUAAAAGAUUUGGAAGUUGGAAAAAAUCUUCAAGACAAUUUGGCGUUUCUAGGAUUAAAUUUUGUGACACCUGAAGACGUUACAUUGCAUUUUUCGCAAUUUAUAAAUCUUGUCAGCAUUUACGAAGUGUUGGAGCGUAGGACAGGGCCUUGGGUUGGUGCAGGAGGUGCCCAAGCUAUUGCUUAUAUAAAAACAACCGAAUCUGAAGAAGUAGAGCCUGUUCCUGAUAUGGAAUUGUUGUUAAUUGGAGGGUCUUUAUCGACUGAUUACGGUCUAAUAAUUCGUACAGGGAUGAAUAUCAGAGACAGUGUUUACAACGCUCUUUUUGCUCCCACUGAAGGAAAAAAUUCUUUUAUGAUUUUCCUUUCACAUUUAACCCCAAAAUCAAAAGGAUAUAUCAAACUCCGCUCUGCUGACCCUCAUGACUAUCCCCUCAUGUAUGGAAAUUAUUUUUCAGAUCCGGAAAACAAAGAUAUUAACACUUUUUUAGCAGCGAUUAGAUUCGUUCAAAAGCUCAUCCAAACGAAAACUUUUAAAAAAUUUAAUAUAACUCUUGUCAGUAAUCCGGUUCCUGGUUGCACUCAUUACCAAUACAACAGUGACGAUUAUUGGAGAUGUUUCUUACGAUCGCUUAUUCAAACUUUUAAUCAUCAAGUUGGAACUGCAAAAAUGGGACCCAAGAAUGACCCAGAAGCUGUAGUAAAUCACAAAUUGGAAGUUUACGGAAUUAAAGGAUUGCGAGUGGCUGAUUGCAGUGUAAUACCUUUUGCACUAAGCGCCCAUACCAAUGCCCCUGCUAUGAUGGUAGGUGAAAAGGCAGCCGAUUUGAUCAAAAAUGCGUGGAAAUAGAGUUUAGAGUAAACUGCAUUUUAACCUUGAAAUAUAAAUUGUAAACCGGCAGUUGUGCGGUAUUAAAAUGUUAUUAGAGAAUGACA